ACGCAGCUCAGUUGCAACUGUACCGAAUAUUUUGAGCAGUGACGAUUAUGCGUAAUACCCAAAUGAGAAAAUGAGGCCGAGCCUGUGUUAGAUGCGCUAACUUUCGACGUUUUAUGCGAUUUCUCACGAGACGCGACUCUCGACGGAGAAUUUGAAGUGAAUACUGCAGGAGGUCCGAGUUGCACAAUGCACGACGCUAACCUUCGCGUUUCAUUGUAACAAAGAGCGACCGGAGGCCUCCUUCUAAGCAAGCCAUUAAUUCCUCGCUUGCUCAUCUCGCUUCCAUCGAGAUCGAACGGUGCGAGUUUCAAGAUUUGUCACCGGAGCCCGAAAACAAAUCCAGAUUGUCACAUCAUGCAAAUAUUCUUACUUGCACUUUUCGCAGGAUGCAAAGCCCCGGACACGCUGCUCGCUCACGGACCAGCAGUCACUCCCACCCCCCAAACGUUCAUACGAAAGGUGAAGCUAAUGCUAUGCUAAUGCGGCUGUAAUGACACGAAUCAAACCCGACCGAGCUUUCAAAGCUGCGAGGGCGCGCAAGGUUUGAAACACUGCAGGUUGCGCGAAACGGAAGGCGUCAAAGCGCUCGAGUUUUGCUACUUAUGACACUUUAUCGCAAUGAAUUCGCGCAUGCGCAGCCAUACAUAACAGCGUACCGUUUUCCCACGCGCUCCUUCAAAUUGACCCUCUCAUCAAUGCCUGCGAGAAAUCCGAUAAGAGAUAUCCAUUUUUGAUGUGUUAUAAAUCGCACACGAACACACGUAAAAGCGCUACCACGUUUUGAAUGUACUUUAAUACGUUAUCGGGUGAAAUAUGCGCCAGAUAUGAAUGCAUUUGUUGAAACUUAAAAGUCAGGCGAAUCGAACACUCCUUUCAGGUUUUUUGGGUUCUCGGGAUUUCACCUGGACGAGUUACUUCGCCGAGGAAGUGAAAUCUUUCUUAAUCAACGCACCCAAGUGGAACAAAUACCAUUUUUCCUUCCCCCUUGAAAUUCGUAUGCAGCCGCAAUGACUGUUGUAAUCGGGUUUGAGGGCAGCGCCAAUAAGAUUGGCAUUGGGAUCAUCAGGGAUGGAGAAGUACUUUCCAAUCCGAGACGGACCUACAUUACCCCUCCUGGUGAAGGCUUCCAGCCAAGCGACACAGCCAGACAUCAUCGCUCUGUUAUACUGACAGUCUUAAAGGAGGCUCUGGAGCAAGCGGGGCUAAAACCUUCCGACAUAGACUGUGUGGCAUAUACGAAAGGUCCAGGCAUGGGCGCGCCCUUGGUAACGGCGGCUCUGGUGGCUCGGACCGUGGCCCAGUUGUGGGGCAAGCCCCUCGUCGGCGUCAACCACUGCAUCGGGCACAUCGAGAUGGGCCGACUCGUCACCGAAGCCGACAACCCCACCGUGCUUUACGUCAGCGGAGGGAACACGCAGGUCAUCGCUUACUCCGAGCGACGCUACAGAAUAUUCGGGGAGACUAUCGACAUCGCUGUCGGCAACUGUUUGGACAGAUUCGCUCGAGUUAUCAAGAUUUCAAACGAUCCCAGUCCAGGCUACAACAUAGAACAGAUGGCGAAGAAAGGCACUCGGUACGCGGAGCUGCCGUAUACCGUAAAAGGAAUGGAUGUGUCAUUUUCCGGGAUACUUUCCUUCAUUGAGGAAGCUGCUCAUAAGAUGCUUGGAUCCGGUCAGUGUACAGCAGAGGACUUGUGCUUCUCCCUGCAGGAGACGGUGUUCUCAAUGCUGGUGGAAAUCACAGAGCGGGCCAUGGCUCACUGCGGCUCCCGAGAAGUCCUCAUCGUCGGUGGUGUUGGCUGUAACCUGCGCCUACAGGAGAUGAUGGGACUCAUGUGCUCGGAAAGAGGAGCCAAACUUUUUGCCACAGAUGAAAGAUUCUGUAUCGACAACGGCGCCAUGAUCGCGCAAGCCGGCUGGGAAAUGUUUCGAUCCGGGCAAGUGACCGAGCUCGAGGACUCGUGGAUCACGCAGAGGUACAGAACAGAUGAAGUGGAGGUGACGUGGAGAGACUGACGGGGCAAACGGCACGUAAAGGGAAAGUUUUUUGAGCGUCCCGUGAGAUGAAGCACCCACACGGCAACUAUCCUCUCAGGUAGCUUCUGAUAUAUUGCGCAUCUGACAAGUCGGAUCACGGGAAGCGCAGCCCGUCCUCGAGCGCGCCGAGGAGGAAGCGGUCGUUUUUUCUCGAACGGACCGCUCGUUACCUCCCGCGCACUUGAUGCCUGUCAAGAAAAUGUGUUUAAAUUCAGUAAGACACGAACGAGACUUUAAAUGUACUGCGCUUCAGUUUAAUGUCUGUUGUUUUAGAAAACUGUCGCUAAAAUAUUGAAUAGAUUCCAGUGGCAAAUUAAUUUCCAAUAAAUAACAGCAGCAAGUCAA